AUGGCGAGUGAAGUUAUGAACUUAUCUGAAGAAGAUAUCUAGUUCUGCCAGAAAGCUUUCUCUGAUUAUGAUGAAGAUGGAUUAGGAGCUAUUAAGGUUUCUGAUUUGAAGCUUGCUUUAGAGAAUAUAGGAUGUUCUCUUAGCGAAAACGAUUUAUUUAAAAUGAUUAGUGAGGUUGAUGAGAAGAAUACAGGUCUCAUCAAGUUUUCUGAUUUUUUGAAUAUUUAUUACAAAUAAAAAUAUGCAAAUCUUGGAGAUGAUGAUUAGGAUUUAGUUGAUGCUUUUGUGGCUAUGGGCGGUAAUGCCGAUACCACAGGCUCCGUAGAUGCAAACCGUCUCAUAUAAAUAGUAAAAGAAGAGUUCGAAAUGACUAUUGACAUAGUUGGAUUGAUUCGUGAAAUUGAUAAGGAUGGAUCUGGAGAAAUCGAAUAUGAAGAAUUUAAAUUGCUUCUCAAAUCAGGUUUUGCUAAUGAGGGAAACUGA